CCAGUUGUGAAGGAGGGAGGAGAAUUGGAUGAGCAGCUUGAGCGAGACCGCCUUCGGAAGGUUUUGAAGCGUAUGAGAAAACUAAAGUGUACGAGGGAGGGCUGCACAGGCAGCUUCACUAGCAUAAUGGGAUACCUAUAUCAUGUUAAAAAAUGUGGGAAGGCUGUUUCUGAGCUGGAGAAAAUGGCUAUGAAGUGCCAUCACUGUGGAAAAGCAUACAAAUCAAAAGCAGGACUUGUCUACCAUCUCCGAUCUAAGCAUGGGCCGGUCACUUUCCUCCAUGAGGAGAGAAGAACCGAGAGCCUGAAGGAAAUAAAACGGGAGCCAAAUAACACAGGCAGAGUUCAGAGGAGAUCUGCAAAGGUGGCAAUCUACUAUCUCCAUGAGUUAGCUGGAGAAGAGCUGGCCAAAGAGUGGCCCAAGAGAAAGGUUCUGCAGGACUUGAUUCCAGAUGACCGGAAGCUGAAAUAUACUCGUCCUGGACUGCCCACAUUUAGUCAAGAUGUGCUGUGCAAAUGGAAAACGGAGAUAAAGAUGUACCGAAGAGUCCACUGCCCAAAUCAGGGUUGUGAAUCUGUAUAUGCCAGUGUCUCAGGACUCAAAUCUCACCUUGGCACGUGUACCUUGGGAGACUUUGUGGCUGGUAAAUACAAGUGUCUCCUGUGUGAGAAGGAGUUCAUUUCAGAGAGUGGGGUCAAGUAUCACAUCAACUCUGUGCAUGCUGAGGACUGGUUUGAUGUGAACACAACUACCACCAAAAGCUUUGAGAAGCUAAUGAAAAUCCGCCAAAGAGAAGAGCAGAGGAAGCAACGGAAGAAACGUCCUGUGACCCGGGGCAAAAAGAAGAGAACUGGGACCCUGGCUGCCAAGAAGCUCCCUGCUGCUGGAAUUGAAAAAAUGAGGAGAAGUAAGAGAGGUCGUCCACAGCGGGUGGACAAUGAGAGCGCGAGUAGUGAGGAGGGGGAGCCCCAAGUUGCACAGAGAGCCGAAUUUCCAAAAACCAGCCGCAAGCGAGGCCGGAAGUAAAUCCCUGGAAGAAGAGAAGGAGUAAUCCUAAAGCUUUUCAGUUACAAGCCCCAAUUCUGUCAGGCUCAUAACCCACAACACUAAUAUAAGCAACUGAAUGUCUUUGGGACUGUGACUCCGUUCUACUCGGUGACCUUAAUUUUGAAACUGUUGCUUCUGGUCAGUUCUGAGAGACUUCAAACCAAAGCUGUGGUACAGAGGCUGCCUCUCCUGGUGUAGUUCCCUUGGACAGUGGCACUAGCAAUGUAC